UAAGUCUCUCCCUGUGGCGUCGAGCGGAGGACACAAUGGAGCAGGUCGCCAAACUCAAGUUCUUCAAUGGGCGAGAAAUGCCCAUGGUGGGCCUUGGAACAUGGGACAUCAAGGAAGAGGCCCUCCAGGUGGCACUCGAGAGCGGCUACAGGCACAUCGACACCGCCGCCCUCUACCGGAACGAGGCGGCCAUCGGGGGCGUCCUCGGCAGGUGGCUCUCGCAGGGAAGGGUCGCCAGGGAAGACCUCUUCGUCACCACUAAGCUCCCGAUGAUUGGCUGCCGCGCUGAUGACGUAACCAAAUUCCUGACGUCAUCGUUAAAGAAGCUGCAGCUGAGUUAUGUCGACCUUUAUCUCGUGCAUUUUCCGGCCGGACUGAAAGGGAAGGACGAGGACGACCUUCGCCCUCAGGGGCCCGACGGCAGCAGCGUCCUCGACAGGGACACCGACCUCGAGCGUCUGUGGAAGGCCAUGGAGGAGCAGGUGGACGCGGGGAGGGCCAAGUCGAUCGGGAUUUCGAACUUCAACAGCCUGCAGAUUGAGAGGAUUAUGAAGUGUUGCCGUAUCCAGCCAGCCAACCACCAGGUGGAAAUUCACGUCUUUCACCAGCAGAAGGAGUUGCGAGCCCUUUGCCACAAGCAUAACAUUACCAUGUGUGCUUAUGGGCCCCUUGGCGCUCCCUAUAAGGACGAGUGGACCAUGCAGCCGCCGCCCCUGCAGCACCCCGCCGUGACCUCGUUGGCCGCUCGUCUGGGCAGGACGCCUGCACAGGUCCUCCUGCGACACCUAGUCCAGCGGGGCGUCGUCGUCGUGCCCAAGUCCUCGAACCCGGAGCGCCUCAGGCAGAACCUCCGGAUAUUCGACUUCAAACUGAGUGACGAAGACAUGCGAGAACUGGACGGCUUAGACCGAGGGAGAGACGGGAAAAUCUUCAUCUUUAAAAACGUUUAUUUAGGGAUUGAGAACCAUCCAGAAUUCCCAUUCCAUAUUCCAUUCUAGAAACUGGAGGCCCAGACUGGUAGCUUCAAAUUCCACUUCAAACUUGGAGGGACUUAUUUUAAAUGAUGUUAAGUUCGUGGUGCAUGCUUAUUUUGUCCAUUAUUUUUGCUUUACAUUUUUCCAUCUUGUUUUCUUAAUGGAAGUCUCAUGUUCUUGAGAUAAAUUAUCUUUUCCUUUUUUUCUCUUUCUUUUUAUCAUCAUGUUUAGAGAAUAGUGAAGAGAUUAUUGUUCUGAUGCUUUAUAAAGUUUUAUCUAGCACUAAUAGCAUAAAUAUUACCUUAUCAAUCGAAUAUUCACAAAAAUGGAAAGAAAAACUUUAAACAUGAAAGCACCUUUCCCUUCUCUUCGAUACUAAGUUAAAGCUUACCUUAUCGCGGUGCCUGUCUUGUGACGUAAGCGAUUUACUAUUCAUGAUUAUACUUAGGCAAUACGUGGUGAGGGCCCCAGUUCUCUUCCACAGUUUUUCUUCUUGGUUGUCUCCAGUAGUAGCCUAUCCGUGAGACAGAUGCCAACCUGGUAAUUCAUAGUCUCGAGGACAGGCAUUACACAUUGCUCAAGGGUGACCUGGUAACCUCAUUAUCCUACGUCGAAACUCCAUAGCCGGUUGCAGUUUAAUGUCAUAUCCAGGACGAAAGUUAAACCUUAUGGGGAAUAAAUAGAGUUUUAUUCCUCAUACGAUACAAGUAGUGAGCAUAACAAAAAUAUACAAUAUUUGUAAUCCUCCAUAUAGAAUUGAUUAGGUUUUUAGCACUUGAUAAGAAAUGUGCCAAGGAGGUGGUUAUUUGUCUCGAUGUCUCAGACACUGUAGAUUUAAAUUAUUCAAGACAAUGUAAGAGUGAGUAAAAUUGUAUAUUUUAUUCAUUAUUUCCACUGAGGUUGAUUGAGAGGGUACUAUCGUUCAAAUUGUUUAUUAAUCUUUCUUUGUACCUAAAAUGAUAAACUGAAAUAUCUUAUCCCGAGUCGCAAUUGCUUUUAUAAGUCAACAUUGGAGUACAAGAACAAACAUCACUAUAUUCUGUAUAGGAAAGUAAAACAAUAUAACUGAAUCUGUGAAUUAACCUUCAAGAAAACCUAUUGCACUGUUCGGUAUUUACUUUUUUCUUUCUUUUUUAUCGAAGGGAAGAUGCACUUGGCACAUUGGUGAAGAUUCAUAAUUUGAAAUGAUCGAUCCCAUGCAUCCAGUCGUCACUAAUCUCUCAAGUAUAUCUUCGUCAGCCUCAGUAGAAAGAAAACAAUUCAUUUCAUUAUCCACAAAGAUGAGGGAAUUAAACCUUUCAUUGUAUGUGUGACAAUUAUCAUCAGCUUUUUCAGUGCAUCAUUUAAUUUGGCUUGCUGGAGUAAUACAACGAGAGCUAUUUUGUGGCAUAUAUUUUUUUUUUCGUUUAAGAUGAUCGGUACUUGUGGUGAAAACCUUACUUUAUAUGUUGAAGGUACUGUAUUAUAUUCCCACCAUAUAACGAGAAAACAGGUUUUCAAAAUUGUGUGCAAUGAUCUAAUAUAAAUUUCCAUUAAA